CCCGGCCGGGGCGGGACGGGGUGGUGCUUGCAGCGGCGGCGGCGGCAGGGGAGAGGUAGAGGUAGAGUCGCGCGGGGAGCGCGGACGGCGCGGCCAUGGGCUGCACGCUGAGCGCCGAGGAUAAGGCAGCGGUGGAGCGGAGCAAGAUGAUCGACCGCAACCUGCGCGAGGACGGCGAGAAGGCGGCGCGGGAGGUCAAGCUGCUGCUGCUGGGAGCUGGAGAAUCAGGGAAAAGCACAAUUGUAAAACAAAUGAAGAUUAUCCAUGAAGCUGGUUAUUCAGAAGAAGAAUGUAAACAGUACAAAGCUGUUGUCUACAGCAAUACCAUUCAGUCUAUUAUUGCUAUCAUUAGAGCAAUGGGGCGGUUGAAGAUAGACUUUGGUGACCUAACCAGGGCUGAUGAUGCUCGUCAGCUGUUUGUUUUAGCAGGAGCAGCAGAAGAAGGCUUUAUGACAGCAGAACUUGCAGGAGUUAUCAAGAGACUGUGGAAAGAUAGUGGUGUUCAAGCUUGUUUCAGUAGAUCUAGAGAAUACCAACUUAAUGACUCUGCUGCAUAUUACUUAAAUGAUUUGGACAGGAUAGCACAAACUAGUUAUAUACCAACUCAGCAGGAUGUUCUCAGGACUAGAGUGAAAACUACAGGAAUAGUGGAAACUCACUUUACUUUCAAAGAUCUUCAUUUUAAAAUGUUUGAUGUGGGAGGCCAGAGAUCAGAGCGAAAGAAAUGGAUUCAUUGCUUCGAGGGUGUUACAGCAAUAAUCUUUUGUGUGGCGCUUAGUGAUUAUGACUUGGUCCUAGCUGAAGAUGAGGAAAUGAAUCGGAUGCAUGAGAGCAUGAAAUUGUUUGACAGCAUCUGCAAUAAUAAAUGGUUCACAGAUACAUCCAUUAUUCUUUUCCUAAACAAGAAGGAUCUCUUUGAAGAAAAAAUCAAAAGGAGUCCUCUCACUAUUUGCUACCCUGAAUAUGCAGGAUCAAAUACUUACGAAGAAGCUGCUGCAUAUAUUCAGUGUCAAUUUGAAGAUCUGAACAAGAGAAAAGAUACAAAGGAAAUUUACACUCAUUUCACAUGUGCCACGGAUACCAAGAAUGUGCAGUUUGUUUUUGAUGCUGUAACUGAUGUCAUCAUAAAAAAUAACCUUAAAGACUGUGGCCUGUUCUAGGAAUUUCCACUCAAUGGUCUGAAGAAUGGCUGACUCCACACAAUUCUAAUGUGAUGAGUUUCAAGGUGAAAGAAUCCAACCAGCUUGUGCUGAAUGAUAGACCAGUACUGUAUUUGCCUGUUUUCACAGCUUUAUUUAUGUCUGUCUUGUAAAUUUAAAUAAUUUAGGUAACACUGAAAGGUCUCUUGACUGAAUGGAUACUUGUAGGAAUGUUGUUUGUAUAAACAUUGAACAUAGCUCAGUGUCCUGUAAGUCCAUGUUUUAUGAGAAUGCUCUGACAGGGGACAUAUAUUUUUGCCUUUUGUUUAUUUAAAUGUCUUGUAAAAAAACAAUUUUCUUUUUUUAUUUUAAAUAUGCAUGCUGCCUUACUCUUUGGUAGAUUUUGCAAAACUAAAAGAUUAGGCUUUUUGAUGACCUAAAAGAUUCUUACACUUGUUUAGAUUUGAAGGGACAUUGUCAAUUCACAUUUGUUCUUUAAUCUUUUUUGAAAAAGAACUUGUUUUAAAACAAAAAAAGAACAGAGGUUUCCUGUGAUUUUUUUAUUUUUUUUUACCUGUCAGUGGAAGCAACUGAUAGUAAAACAGUUUAUAAUCUGAUAAUUCAAAUAUUGCAUUGAGAUGUUAAUGCGAAGGGGUUGUUUUCUGCUUGCCUCAGCAGAGCUAGAAUCUGGAUUUUCUUGUUUUGCAUUUUUGUCGUAACAGAAUGUAGUUUUACAUAUUAGAUAACCAUUAAAAUUUGUUCUUUAAAAACAAUAAAACAAUCAAACUAAUUGAAUCAUAUACUGGAUUUUUCUAUUACAAAUUAUAUAGCUGUUAAUGAAAUCAAUGUCUUGGAUAUCAUAGUAUGAUAGUUUGCAAAUGUUGACUUUUUAAUAGUUACUACUGCAUAACUUUUUUUAACUUGACAAUGUUCCUUUAAAUGUUAUUUCAUAGAAUUUCCUUUUAGUUUAAUUAAACUUUUGCUGUAAUGAUUUACUGUAUUAGACCUGCAUUGUGCAUUACCUUUAUGGGUGGGGGUGUUUUUUAUACAUUUAAAAAUGGGGAAAAAUAAUUUGUAAAUAAGUUCUUGGAUGGUUGUCCUUAUCUUUCUUUUUAUCAUCUAAGAAAUGUGAACAUAGGUUUAAAAAUAUUGCUUUCUAUAACAGUGGCAACACUCCUUGUAGCUAUUGUGCACCCAAAUUCUUUAUCCGUGUGAGAAGGAAAAAUGAUUUUGAAUCUGUUACUAGUUUUCCAUGUUUUCUUAGGCAAAUGAGUUUAGAAGUGUUUUGUUUAAAUGUAACAUUUUAAUCCAUUAUGCUAUUUUUGAUAGUGUCUCUUUGUCAUUUAGGGCUGUCAGAUUGCCCCAGUAAUUCUUGUCUGAGAUCUUCCUCAUUUUUGGCAGGUUCUGUUACUUGUUAUGGAAUUCAUAAAUGCUUUCAAGUGAAAGAGUAGAAGACUGGUAACAUUAAUAUAUUAAUUAUAUAGUUGAUUGAAUGUGUUCAUAUCGAACAUGCUAAUUAGCAGUUAUGGUAAACAGUUUGUACAUCCUGGCCUAUUUUAAAUUCUGUUUUGUCAUGCUGUAUUCAUAGCUGAUUUUAUGUAUCAUAGAAAUACUUUAACAAUUGUAUUUAUAUCCAUCUCAUUACAGCUGUUUUUGUACUUUUAAUGUAAAAAAAAAA